UUCAUUAGGUUUUACUGGUUAAGCUGUUGUUCGAAGGCCUUCAAGGGAGCUUCGUAGCUUUUUAUCGUAUCAACAAAGUUGAAUCAUGAUAAAGAUGUCUGGUGGUUGGUAUCACAAGGGUAUUUCGAGUCAGGAAGCUUUCAAACUGCUUCCUAAGAACGCUAAAGACGGAUCAUUUCUGAUUCGCGAUAGCGAAAGUGUUCCAAAUGCUCUCGUUCUAUGUUUGCGAUUUCAAGGACAAGUUCAUCUGUACAGAAUAUUUACUAGGGAGCAAGAUGGCCGUCUUUAUUUACAGACUGGCUCUAGCAAAGGCUCUAGUCUGCAAUACUUUGAGCUGCUGGAACAGUUAGUAACGUAUUACAGUCAACCAGAUAGGGGGCUAAAAUGCCCAUUGAAGUAUCCAAUCAUAUCUGCUAGCUACUAUGACGAGUCAGGAAUAUAUGGGCAAUGUAUUAAAGAAACCUUCAAUCCAACCAAACACGAUUCUUCAACCUUUGUAACAGCUUCAGAUGUGCCAAUGAAACUUGGUAGACAUUUGGAAAUGGUAUCUAAACUAGAUAUACCAUCCUCUGGUUAUAACAGAAAACUUGAUGUUCGAGAGUUCUUUUAUGACUUCCAUUUAGAGAGAAAAAACUGUUAGAGGCCAAGAGCGUCAUGGCAAAGAAAUCUUUCGGACAUGCCACUGGAAAAAAUCGCGCAUGGAUGUCAAAAAAGUAUAAACCCCGCGAUCUAAAUGGUUAUACAUUGCCGUCUUGCCUUAGUGCGAUCGUUUCAUGGUCAUAGAAAAACCAGCUCAGUUACCAAGCUGGACGGCAGCUAUUACAGAAAACAUUGAAUACUGACGAUAGUGCAUUACAAGACCGCAAUGCAUUGUUGGUUGUUCUGUCGCCGUUUAAUAGAAUCGUUGGAAAGCAAUUUAGUCUUGGAAAUCUUGAAAAUAAAAAUUUAUUUAUCGCCAA